AUGUCAACACCAGUUGUCGACCUUUCGGGGAAAGUCGCUCUUAUCACGGGAGCUACAUCAGGUAUUGGAUAUUCGACAGCACAUCUUUUUCAUCAGCUUGGCGCUACACUUGUUAUAACCGGAAGAAAUACUGAGCGAUUGAAAACGCUUGAAGAACAGUUACAAAAUGGAAAGGGUCAAGUUCUGGCUAUCGCUGCAGAUCUUACGAAGGAAGAAGAAAUCCGAGGCCUCGCCAAAACGGCCAUCAACAAUUUUCAUACCCUGGAUAUUUUGGUCAACAAUGCCGGUAUCAUCGACAAGGGUACGAUUGAAAACACAACAUUGGAGCAGUAUGACCGAAUAAUGUCAACCAAUUUGCGUUCAAUGUUUUACUUGACGCAACAACUCAUUCCACAGCUAAUUGCAUCCAAAGGUUCUAUUGUAAAUGUGUCCAGUGUUAACGGAAUGAGAUCGUUUCCUGGUGUGUUAGCAUACAAUAUAUCGAAAGCUGGCGUCGAUCAGUUUACACGCUGCAUUGCGCUUGAAUUAGCAUCAAAAGGCGUACGUGUCAAUUCAGUCAAUCCCGGUGUCACGAGAACUGAUCUUCACAGACGUAGUGGUAUGGAUGAAACAGCUUAUGAAGCUUUUAUCAAACAUUCCACAAGUACCCAUGCACUUGGUCGUGUGGGUAACCCAGAUGAAGUAGCAAAUGCAAUUGCAUUUCUGGCGAGCAGUGCAUCAUCAUUUAUCACUGGAACAUCAAUUCCAGUUGAUGGUGGUCGUCACGUUAUGUGCCCACUAAAACUAGGAACAGUGGCACAGCGUACAACGAUUGAAAAUGAAAUUGAAGGAGAAUUCAUCGUAAGCAAUUCAUAUGAUGAUCCAGAAGAGAAUGAAUAUGUUGUUGCAAGUCGUUCAGAACCGGUAAUUUAUCCAGCAAGACGACAACGCGAAGAUUCGCUCCGACGGAGUAGUCGUCGGUUGAUUACUACCAAACGCGGUAAUGAUGAGCGAACAGACCCUCUGCCUGCAACCUUUACACGAAGGAUUAUACCACCAAGACGUUAUUCACCUGGUCCACCUGAUUGUAGGACGUUAAACGUCUCAUCAGUUGAGAAAAAGCCAUGCUUUGCUCCUCACAUUGAGCGAGGUUCAGUGCCGAAGAACGUAACGAAAGAAAUAAUCAGUCACGAAACUAUCACCCAGCAUAUAAUUGAACAGAACAAUAAUAUCGCUGAAAUGACCGAUGGUCCCGUGUUCCGUGCAAAGUUUAUCAAUACUAUUGCUGAUGUUCCACUUGCUAUAUUAAUGCGUAAUGGACCAUUGGGUAUGAGUGCUUGCGAUAGACCACCAAUAGUACGACUUACGGGUCAUUCAGCAUCCUUCUCAUUCAUCGUAGAUUUAACAACUUUUGAUAUCACAGAUCUCAUUUAUGAUGGACUAGAUGGUUGGAGCUCGCGUGGAUUGGUUUCUAAAUUUUUCUUCAACAAGGACAAAGCAAAAUGUGUUCAGGGAAAGCAUGAAUAUACCAUUCUGCGGAAGGUUUUGAUCCAUCCACAUACUGUACCUUCAAAUUCUGUCCGAAAAGUGAUUUGGCAAGUGAUGAAAGGGAAUGAAUUUUGUAGGUACGCAUUAAUUUCUUACAAUAUCACCAAUGAUGCGGUACUAGAUAGCCGUGCUUUCGUACUGGAUCACGAUAAAAUUGACGAAGCAGAAAGUACAGGCGAUGAAUCCUCCAGCGUACAAAGAGCUAAUGGUAUAUCUGUGCAUACCACUAACCAAAGCGCCACUACUACGGAUGAGCUGAUAUGUGAAGGUGAAGAGGAGAGCGACGAUAUUGAGUUUUACUUUGCGGGAGGAACGGAAAGUCUAAAACGACAAAUGGAGGAAAUUCCAGAACUAGAUGCAGAAGGUCUCUGCAUGAUCACCGACGCACCGGUAUUCGUGCAGAAAUUUGUUGGGACACUAGCAGAUGCACCAUUGGAAUUAUUGAUACAAGAGGAUGAGUUGGAUGCAUCGAUACCUGUAUGCACAUAUGUCCCUAAAAUCAACCUUUACGGAGCAGCAGCUUGUCUCAGUUUUUUAAUUGAUACAAAAUGUUUCCCUGUGUCAGAUAUCAGUGCAGACAACCUUGGUCAAUGGAAUGCUAAAGAUGGACGUCGGAUGAGUGUUCGUAAAUUCUACUACCGAGCAAAAAGUAAACCAGGCGGAGUAGAGCAGGAAUAUUGCGUGGUUCGGCGACGUUACCUGCAUCCUCACUGUAUACCGAAUAAUUCGAUACGGAAAGUGAUUUGGUUAAUCAAAAAAGGUGAUGAAUAUUGCCGUUACUCGUUGGUUUCAUACUAUAUUGAAGCAGAUGCUCACGUUAUGCAAAUACCUCAUGGUAAUUCGCGCACUAAUCAAAAAAGCUAUAUUCGGACAUGUCCAAGUGAAGUAAAGAAGCGUCCAUGCAACAUCAAACAGGAAGGUGCAAUUCUUACAGAUACCGCGAAUACCCCGGAAAAUGUUGUGUUACAGGAACCGGAUUUUGAGGUGGGUAAUGAGGUGGAUGUGGAAGCAGAUGAUGUUUCGGAGAACUCCGAGGUAGACGUUGACGGUAACAGUCCACAGGAAGUUUGCAGUCCCGUUAUUCAGGAUGCUCUCAUAUCCGAUAGCGAAAUGGUCCACAGAAUAAGUUUAGUUACAACAAGUAUACCAUUUAACUGUACAUAUAUCAAUGCUAUAACCGAAUUACCGCUUACUUUGCUUCGAAGACCAGAAAUAACACAUGAUAUUGCACCAGUAAACACUGCAGUGCCUCAGAUUCGUUUGAUUAGUCAAGGUGUACAGAUGUCAUUCAUUGUCGAUACUUCGCAGAUUCCAUACGUGGAAUGGAAUUGGGAUGGGUUGGGUGCAUGGAACACAUCACGUGGUAACCGCGUAACUCUGAGUAAAUACUGUUAUGACACAAAUGAUAGCAGAUGUGGCACUAAAGGAUAUGCCUAUUGCGUCAUCAAGAAGAAAUAUGUGCAUCCGUAUUCGGUACCACCCAGUGCUGUGCGAAAAGUUGUUUGGCUUAUCAAAGAGGCUGAUGGCACUUAUAACAGAUACAUGCUAGUGACAUAUAAAAUUGAACGUGAUGCCGUUGUUACGAUUAAACGAAUCCAACAGCAGGUGGCGUCGGAACAACGAAUUCAGCGAACAUCUAUUCUUGCUGAUGAAACAAUAUAUGACCAAAACGAAAUAAACCUCGAAAUCGCUCGAGUGACGAAAAGUCCCGUAUUCCUGAAGCAGUUUAUCAAUAACGUUAAUGAUUUACCGUUGGAUACUUUGCUCGAGCCAGACCAAAUUGAUCUCCCGGUGUGCGAUACAGUUCCACAUAUAGCAGUAUUACGUGAACCGACUGUUUAUCCACUGCAGAUGACAUUUCUGAUUGAUACGGAAAAAGUAGCAAUAAGUGAUCUUAGCGUUGAUAAUUUAGGGCAGUGGAAUACUACACAUGGCCGACGUAUGACCCUUCGGAAGUUUUACUUUUCUCGUGACAGACAACGUUGCCUUGAAGGGGGUCAUUAUUUUACAGUUGUGCGGAAAACUUACGUUCAUCCAAAUAGUAUACCUGAUGGAAUGGUUCGAAAAAUUAUAUGGCAAGCCUGUACUGCUGAAGGAUAUGCCAGAUACGCAAUAAUCUCUUAUGAUAUUGGUGUAAACACUGUGGUUGAGGCUAUACCACAUGGUAAUUCGAAGCGCAAUACUGCCGUGUACCAGCGUAAGGAACCAAGCUUGAUUGCUGAAAGGAAACGUGAAAAGAUGAAGCGGUUAAGCGAAAGAAGUUCGUUGGAACCGGAGGAUACCUUUGUAGCCAUGAAGCAUGCUCGAUUAGGUUCCUACGUAUCUGCUGCAUCAGGUGUCACCCUAUAUGAGGAUGGUAAUUAUGAAGAAGUUGAAGACGCUUAUCCAUUAACGCACGAAGAAUUGAUGAAUCGUAUGGCACUUCCGAGUUUACGGCGUUUCACACGACCCUAUCAUAAUGACGAACCGUUCAGUGUGGUUUUUCUACUGGACCAACGUGUAGGCAUUGUGCAAUGUGCAUCGUGUGGUGUUGAUUUUUCACGACAGCCGCAGCCUCCGGAAGAUUUAGUUCUGGAACAUGUGGAACGUUUUUGGAACCAACGAACUUGUGCUUACUCCACUCAACAAAUGCAAAAGAAAUAUAUACAUGCACGGUUGGAAUGUGUCUUAGCGCGGUAUGAAUAUUUUACAACACUGGAUUUCCUUGUAAUAUCUGAUGAUGUCCGAAUGCGCCUGACUAAUGUCCAUCAACAACAUCUAAGUAUUGAAUUUGGUUGUUCAUUCGAAUAAAACAGGGAAUCCUUUUUGGAACAAAUGUCAGUCAUUGUUUUUGCCUUUUAGAUGUUGCUUUUUUGUAUCCCCUCGUUUUUUAUUUGUGACAUCGAAUGCAUUAAGCUGAUACAUUAGACUCAAAUGUAACAUUAGAAAUCUCUGUGUCUUGUGUGUUUCGCGCUUUAAGUAAUGAGUAAAUUUAGUUUCUUUCUGUAAAUAAUAUGCUUUUUAUGAUAUAGAAGAAAACAACUGUAAGUGCUAUACGACGCUUUGUUUUACUUUUUUUUUCCUAUGCCUGAAUAUGUUUAUAAAGAAGGA